AUGGAACUUCUACUGCGGUAUAGAGCACUAAACAGACUACUCGUCACAACAAUUUGCCCAAUUACUGAAGCAGCACGAUGUGCUGAUAAAGGCCUCAUAAAGAUCCUCAUCGCUGAACCUCAGCCAUCCCAAGAGCAGCAAGAGACAACCAUCAACGACCUCCGCGCCGCGUACGCUGCUCUUGACUGUGCGGCAGAGGCGCUCCAGCAACAGUAUGGUCUUGCUGUGGCGUUAAUGGUGGCCAGUGCUUUCUUCGGCGUCAUCUACAGCUCGUAUGAAAUAAUUGUGUUGGUGGUGAUAGGUGACGUUCAAAGUAUUACCGCUGCCCUGAGUCGUUCUCUGCUCGUCUCCUCGCUGUGGCUGGUAUACCAUGGCGUGAAGUUGAUGGCGGUGUCCAUGUGCUGCUCCGCCACAUGUGACGAGGAACGCCGGACGGGAGUCCUGCUGCACAGGGCGGCAACGGCGUCCGCUCUGUGUGGGACGCCGCUACCUGAAGCAGAGGCCUUCCUGCGUGAAGUGCGGAGGGGGCCGCCUCUGAGCUUCACCGCCGGAGGCUUCUUCCACAUCCGCAGGAGCCUGAUCAUCUCCACCUUGGCAACUGUCAUCACCCACAUAGUCAUUCUGACUCAGUUUGGCAUCAAAUACUGA